AUGGACGAAAAAUUAACUCUUACACACACUCAAUAUGUUCCUAAAUUUCCCAAGUUAUCAGGAAAAUUAUCUGAGACUUAUCUUAACUUAAUAGAAACAUACUUUGAAGGACAUAUUGAGUCAGACUCAUCUAAAGUUAGGACACUACUAUGCAGCUUACCAAUUGAGAUUGUAGACCAAGUUACGUCGAUAUGUUCUAAAGCACAGUUAAAAGACUUUAAUAUUGUUUUUGGUAAAUUGAAACUGUUAAUUCCAAGUGAGGACAUUAAUGUAAAUAUAAAGAAUUUUAACUUAGCGGUACAAGGUGCCGAGGAGUCCUUCCAUACUUUUUAUUUUAGAAUUUCAAAACUUCAUAAAAAAUGCGAUUUUGAUAACGAUACAAGAAUGAUUGAGAAAUUAAUAACUUGUUCUUUAAAUGAUAAUAUUAGAAGGAAGUUAAAUAAACAUAAGCACGAAGGUUUAGAUAAGAUGAUGAAAUUAGGAGUGGAGUUAGAUGGCAGCAAUAUUAAACCAGACGUUAGCGAUACAAAUUAUGUAGAUAAUGAUAAAAAAUUGGAUAAAAAUAAAAAAUUUUACAAUUUAAACAUGGAUAAAAUACCAUGCAAAAGUACUUUUAGUAAUAAUGAGAAUAAUUCUAAUGAUUAUGAACAUAAUAAUUUUAAAGAAAAUAAUUUUAAUUAUAAUGGACGUAACACUCAUAAGGAAAAUUUUGAUUUUAAGAAGAGGAAUUAUAAUGAUUUUAGGCCUAAUUAUAAUGCUAGCCGAAACUAUCAAAACAAUAUUUUUCGAGACAGUGAGGGUAACUCUAGAAAUUUUCGUAAUAACCAAUCUUCGAAUAACAAUUCAAACUAUUACGGAAGAAACUCCAUGUGGCACAACAACAAUUAUAAUAGAAAUAAUGCCUGGCAAUACAAUAACAAUUCAAACAAUUAUGGUAGAGGUACUUGGCAAAACAAUAACUAUAAUGGGAGAAACAAUUCCUGGUCUUACAACAAUCAAAGAAAUCAGAGUCUAUAUAAUAAUCGAUAUGGUUAUCAAUAUCAAUCCUAUAAUAACAACAAUAAUGGAGAAAAUAAUACGUGGAAAAAUUAUAAUCAGAAUAUUAAUCAAAGAAAACCAUUACAAUAUAAUGACGUGAAUCAAAGUAACAUCAAUUGUAACAUGAACAUUGAAGAGAUUGUUGAAGAAAAAUAUAACCCUACACAAAAUAAUAAUGGUAGUGAUUUUAAUAUCAACAAUUUAACUGAGUUUAAACUUAAUGAUAAUGCGUUCAUGACCACUUUAAAAGUAAAUGAUGAUGUUGUUACUAUGCAGGUUGAUACGGGAUCCAAGUUUACAAUUAUACCUCAUGAAAUGGCUAAACAAAUAGGUAUUAAAGAUCUUAAAAAGUCCACUCUACAACUCACAGCUUAUGAUGGAAACUUAAUCAAAAUUAUUGGCGUCACUCAAGUUAAAGUAACCUACGAAGGUAUCACCAAACACUUGCAAGCCGUGAUCGUUAAAUCUAAUAAAAAUGCGUUAUUGGGACGUAUGUGGAUUAAUGCUUUUA